UUCUCUCGCCCUCGACGUCGGCUUCAAACCCUCGCUCUCUCAAACGUCGCCGAGUAACGAAGAGCAGCUGGAUUCAAAUUCCGAUCACGCGAUCGAUUUCAUCUUCCUUUUGGUUUCGCUGACGAUCGUCGGUCCGUUGUUCCCACAUAUCGAUGCCGGCCUCCUCGUCCGCUGCGGCGCCGACACAUGCGGCCGCCCUCCUUGCUCCUGGUUUCAGGUUCCACCCCACCGACGAGGAGCUCGUUAGUUACUACCUCAGGCGCAGGGUCUGCGGUCGGGCCCUCCGCGUGGACGCCAUCGCCGAAGUGGAGCUUUACAAAUGCGAGCCGUGGGAGCUCCCUGGCCUCUCCCGCCUCCGUAGCCGUGACCUCGAGUGGUACUUCUUCAGCCCGCUCGACCGCAAGUACUCUAGCCGUUCCAGAACCAACCGGGCCACCGCUCAGGGGUACUGGAAGACCACCGGGAAGGACCGCGACGUCUCCUGCGGCGCGCGCGUCGUUGGCAUGAAGAAGACCCUUGUUUACCACUCCGGCCGCGCCCCACGCGGCACCAGGACUAACUGGGUCAUGCACGAGUACCGCCUCGAGGAUUCCCAGCUCGCAAAGGCCGGGAUUCCGCAGGAUGCGUACGUUGUGUGUCGGGUCUUCCAAAAAAACGGUGCUGGUCCACAGAAUGGGGCUCAAUAUGGGGCUCCGUUCGUUGAGGAGGAAUGGGAAGAACAAGAGAUUGCUAAUGGAGUGGUCCUGAUGCCCGAUGCUGAGGAUGAUGAUGAUGCUGUUGACGCUCAUGAUCAGGAAUACUUGGAAUUCAAUGAUCUUCUUCAGGAUCAAAUAGAACAGGAAAUGUUUGUCCAACAAGACGGUGCUGUUCUGGAUACUAAUAGGCAAGGAAGUGACAAUGAUCCAGAAGAUCCUACGAUUGUACUGGAUGAGAUUCUUAAAGAUCCAAGUUUCAUGGAUGAUGUGUUUGCGUACAUCAAUCAAUCCAAAAUGCAGAGUGGUCCGACACUCAUGGAUGAUUCAGGAGAGCAAAUUCUCUUGAAAAAUUUAUCUCAUAAUGAUCCAAGCCAAACUAAUGAAUAUGUUGAGCUUAAUGACUCAGAGAAUGCUAUAAAUAAGAACUGGAAUUCCAACGAACGCUAUGCAAAUUUUGUCACCGGAGAAGCUGAGAGUAGCCAGUUAUAUAAAAGGAUUGAAGCCGAGUUACUUGAUUCAGCUUACCACUGCUCUGAUCAGCAUAAAUUGUUACAAGAUGUGCAAGUAGAGGAUGACCUUAGUAUGCAAACAACUAAUCUUCCAAUCUUAGCUGAUGGACAUGGUGUUGAUCCACAAGACCAAGACUUGAUUUUCUAUGAUGCUUCCUAUCCAUCCAAAGCUGAAUUAAGUUUUGAGUUAAGCGAUGAAAUAGAUAAAUACUUUGAUGCGAUGGAGAAUGAUCUACCAUAUGAUAAUAUCAGCAUUUCAGAAAAUUCUGAGCAAACAAAUCCCUCUGGUUUACACCAUUCUAAUAUUAAGGUUGAAGGUUGCAAAAGUCUCACAGAUAAAGCAAUUACUGAAUUGCCACACACAAAUAUUGGAGCUGGUGCCGUAUCAGUUUUACCUGAUUCUGACUAUGGUUUCAAGAACAAGUAUGAAGCUAUUCCUGUGUUACCAGGUAUAAUACUUUUUUUUUUCAAUCCUGGAUAAAAAAUUUCAUUUUUAGAGAAAUGUGAAAAGGAAAUUUUUUGCCUAAAUAUCUUAUGAUAAUUGCCCUAGUUGACACUGCU